AUUGCAUCACUGUCCAUGGGUCAGCGAAUUACACGAAAUUCAUGCACACCACACCACACCACCACACACCACCACACCACACCGCACCAUCCACACACAGCCUGCCUGCCUGCCUGCCUGCCUAGCGUCUCUUCACCCAAGCGUGCCGUGCGUCGCGUCGCAUUCCCUCACCCGCCCAUCUAUCUAUUCAGCCACCGGACGGACAGCUACACACAUCCACCAUUCCAUUCAGUCAUGGCCCCGCCUACGAUACGCAGCCAAUCCAUCCACCAACGAAUGCCAUGCCCCUCCAGCCGGCCGGCCAUGCAGCGAACGCACACACUACAGCAGCUGCACUCAACCACGGACCAAUUGCCUGACUGGCUGACCCGGCCCAUCGGUGGUCACUCACCAAAACAGCCAGCUGCCCCUCUCCUGUGGCGUUUCCAGUAUCUGCUUCGCCCACUCGCCCUGGUUGAUGAGCCGCUCCGACUCCGGGAACACCUUGAGUGCGAUCUGCACCAGCUGCAAUCCGCCCUUGCCCACCACCACCUCCCUCGACCGCUCGUUGCCCUCUGCCACGGCCCCCAGGGCGCAGCAGCCGUUCUGCUGCACGAGCUCCUCGAAUGGGUGGCUGCCCAUGGCCUUGACGAUCUCCUCCACGCCGUGCAGCUUGAGAAUGGCCAGCUGGGCGCUGUGCUCGCGCUCGACCGCCGCUGUGAUGACGUUGAAGGCGUUGGCCACUAGCUGGGGGGAUGGCCGGUGCGUCGAGAUGGCCGCCAACACGAUCGACAGCGCCUUCUCUGAAUGGUGGGUGGAUAAGGAGCAUGCUUACGUGUACAUGUCACAUUUUCAUUGAUGUGUAGAUGGCUCCCUUCAGCACCUGAUCCGAUGAUUUGUUUGAUUUGCGGGUCUUUGGUGGCGAUGACGGACAGGAGUCUGCACCCGUUCUCCUGCACCUCGAGCAUGUCGCUGUGCAUCUUCAUGGCGGCCAGCACGGCGUCCACGCCGCCCAGCUCCUUGACCUCUAUCGCGUUGGUCGGGUUGUCGUACGACAGACCCACCAGACCAACAAACCUGACACACAUGGAAAGAUCAUCACAGACGGAUGGAUGGAUGGACGGGCGGAUGGAUGGAUGGUUGCUCGUCCGGCUCACCCACCCGUUGGCCUGCAGUCCUCCCUGCUCGACGUAUGCGCCGAGGAGGUCGACGAUGAGGGUGAUGCCGUCCCCGUCCGUGAUCGCCUCCCUGCUCGCCGCGUCCACAAACGCCACUAUGCCCACCAAACGAAACGCCGCCGACAGCAGCCGCACGCGCACCGCUCCCCCGUCGUCCCCCUCCCCCUCCUCAUCGAUCUCUCUCUCGCCCGCCGCCGCUGCUGCCCCGUUCUCCCUCGCCCGUGCCGCAGCAUGUGCCAGUUUGUCCUUCUCUUGUUUUUGGACGGCUCGGUGCUGGUAUCCCAGCAAGGCCAGGAGCAUGUCGGCGAUGCGCGGCACGGAUGAGGGGAGGCCGGUGCACAGCUGCUGUGCGUUUUCGGUGUUGCGUUUGGUGACGGCGACGAUGGCCUCGAUGGCGUGGAGGGCGACACUCUCGCUGGCGAUGUUCUGCGAGAGGGCGGAGAGGAGGGUGGGGAGGACGGGCAGCGACGCCGUGAGCUCCUGCUGGAAGGGGGGUGCGAUGUCGAUCAUGGCCACGAUGAAGUCACACACGGCCGGGAAGGCGGCGUCGAAGUACGGUGAUGGCGGGGGCAGCUGACAUACAUACAAACACACAGCCACACAUAAACAGAGAGAUGUGAGUCGAGUCGGAUGGGUGUGUGUGGUGGUGGAGGCAUCGCAUGGCAUGGACGCCACACAGGUCAGGUUUAUUACUUACUGUGAGUGCGGUCUUGAUGAGCUGCAUGAGGAGUGUGGUUCGGUGUUGGUCGAGCAGGGUGUUGAUUUCGGUGAGCUGCUCUUCCGCGAGGUAGUUGAGUAUGUUGAGGACAUCGCCGACCAGCGCCUCCUUGUUGACCACCGACACGUUGUGCACCACACACUCCAGAAACGCCACACCCAACUCUACCACUGACAGACAGACAGAUGGGUCGAAUCCAGUGACAACAAAGCAAAGCAGCCAUUCCUUCAAUCGUGGUGUUUACUUUCGGCAGCGGCUGUGUCGCUGGUCGUUCGCUUGCGUGACGUGGCGUCGCCACCCGACGCACCCGUGAACGUCAGCUGCUGAGUGAACCGGGGCGGGGGCCUCUCUGCCUCCCCCUCCCCCUCUCCCUCCCCCUCUCCCUCCCCCUCUCCCUGCCCCUCUCCCUCAACCUCUCCCUCACCCCUUCCCGCCCCCUGCUGCCCGACUCCAUCUCCGUUGAUUUGGUCGACCGGUGCGGCUGUGGACGGCUCGUUGGGCGAGGUCUCCUCCUUGGUGCUGACCGUCUCGGCCGCGGACACAUCGUCACCUCCCGCCUUGCUCUCCUCGUGUCUACUCGGGGCGAACUCCGGCACACUCGCACGUGCGCCGUUGGCCUCCUGGUUGUGUGCCGCCUGGUCCACCGCAACGCCGCUUUUGGGCGUCAUGGACAGCCGGGGUGUGGUGGGUUUGCUGCUGACGGGGCCGUCGUUGUGUCCGCUGCCCGCCCCCGCCUGUGUGAGGCGUCGGUGGAUCUCGGACAGGCAGAUUCUGAGCAUGAGGAGGGAGUGGGGGUGCUGCGUGAGGGCCGAUAUGAGCUGGGCGUUGGUCGUCAUGGUCGCCAGGCUGUACGCGCACUGCAUGGGCGACAGAGACGGACCCAACGGCUCCUGUCAUGUCACCAAACCACAUGUGAUGUGGACGCAGACAGACAGCCACAUGUCAAGGGAGAAAUGCAAUGCGCCUCUCCCUGUGUGUGUGUGGGGGGGGGGCUUCCUGACGGUUGAUGACGUACGGUACCUGGAGGAUGGCCUCGAAGCAGUAAGAGUUCUGUCCGGUUCGGGGGUUGCGUGUGGCGGCAGGUGCCAUGACGGUCUCGAGUAUGCGCUGGUACUCUGCGUUGGACCGCAGCGGAUGGAUGUGGUGCACAAGGACGCUGUACUGCUUGCCGCGAAGACACUCGAACCCAACCUCAAACGACUCUUUCUGCACACACACGACACAGGACAGACACACAUGACAUGACAUAAAGUGUUUUCAAUGUUUCGAUGUCAGCCAGAAUCGGAGGGCCCUCCCCUGCUCUUUGUUCUUGUGUGUUUCCUCCUCCUUGUCAAUUCACCAACCAGCAGUUUGGGUGUGGUGGGCAUUCGUUCGCAGUAGACGGUCUCGUCUUCGAACUUGAUGGAGAAGCGCGGCUCGAAGUCGCCGUAGGUUUGGUCCCCAUUGUUGGUGCCGGUGGCUGGCGAGGAGGGCAGCGACGAGGGCUGGUGGGGCGGCGAUGCUGAUGCAUCCGACGGCUCAGACGAGUGUGAGUGCGAUUGCGAAGACGACAUUGCUGCGAUGCGGCCCCUUCUCCUACAGGCAGGUGCUAAUGAGAUGACGCUUAAACGCU